AUGUUUCUUCAACCGCCAUUCACACCCUCAGAGGGACUGAGCAAAGAAGAGUUGGAUUCGCAGGCCAGCCCAGUUUCAAGCCUGCAAGAAAAUCAUGCGGCAACUACAAUUGAUCAUGUACCAGGGUUUCCGUCGGUCGCACUUCGACAGCAAGACGUUAAGGACUUCCUCCUCCGAGAAUUAGAAACUCCGGUCUUGGAUGAACUGUAUGACAAACUCUGGCUGGUCGCCCGAAAAUCAGGCCUACACAUUGAUGCUCUUCAUGCACAGAAACUGAAAGGUCGCGUUGUCCUUCUCACCGAGGACCCAAGCCUUCACCUCGUUUGGCGGCAUAAUCAAAUAUACAUCAAGCCGAUUCCCAUUUGCCUUCUGAACCACCGCUUCUGGACGUUGUAUCUAUGUCGAAAAGACGUUCACUCCGAAGCACUGCUUCCUGGGUUUGAGGCAGCUGUGGCAGCUGGGUUUUUAAGGUCGUACGCAUUGCUGGUGCGGCAUCAUUCCGAUUUUCUGCUGGCCCAGGAACUCCAUUUGAUACCAGCGGAGGUGAAAUGGGGGGAUUGGGCCCGAUUUGCCCAUCGAUUCCAAAAUUUAAGUGACGAGCAGGUGGCCAAACGAUAUCAUUACGGUCAGAUCCGACUUUCGCGCCUGGAUUGCGCUGUGCGCGCUUUUCGUCCAAGCCAAGCGCGCACCGCCUGGUUCUAUAAUAUCCCUCAUUGGUCGAUCACAAACUAUCUCUCAUCAGCCACGAUCCCUCUUCUGUUUGUCUUCGCCAGUUUUUCCGUCGUGCUUUCAGCUAUGCAGGUCACCUUGACCGUGCCGACCGAUACUGGGUUCCUGCACCAGCUCGCCGUUAUAGGGCUUUCGCGAAUGAACCUCGCCUUUUGGGUAUUCUCUAUAACUGUUCUUAUGGCAUCUGCCAGUAUAUGGCUCUUGCUAUUAGGUACUCCCAUUGUUGUUUUGGGCUGGCAGUUAUGGUGGGGAUUUCGAAACCGAAGGGCCGCUCAAAAGUCAUCCGACGCUUAG